UUUAUUUUACACUCAAAUGAAGCUUAAGUACUCAACUUCGAACAUGUCUUCUAAAGAUUUAUUGAUAAAAUUUCAAGGAAGAAUUCUAAACAAUGUUGUCAGUCUGGAUGAGCACACUGUAGAAUAUUUUAAUCCAAAUGCUACUAUUAAUGACACAGGUUAUUAUCCCUGCUAUGUGAUGAUUCCAUUUGAGAAUGCCAAGCGAUUUGUAUGUUCUACAUAUAUCACCGUUGGUUAUAAACCGCUGCCUGUCGAAGCUUUUUCCUGCAUUAGUCAAGAGUACAGGAAGUUAAUUUGUAGCUGGAAAGCUCCUCCCAAUCCAGUGAAAACAGACUACAUUUUGUACGACUAUUUCUAUCACGAAAAUGUGAGACGGUUAUGCCCAGAAUAUUUGAAUGCCACCAGUUGCCUAUGGGCAAUGGAUACUCGAGCUCCUUAUAUGAGAUCCAGACCACAACUCACAUUUAUGAUGGUUGGGAGAAACUCUUUAGGUACAAAUAAACAGUAUUUUAAUGUAGAGCAUUUCAAAAUAGUAAAACCAAGUGCUCCCUUAAGUGCGAAUUGCAGCAGGAUUACGCCGACAACAGUGUUUCUCGAGUGGAGUUCUCCUGCAAAUAUGGAGUACGGCGAAUUCCGACCUGGACUGAUGUAUUCCAUCCAAUAUCGUCCUUUGUCUUCAGAUUCGGGAACAUUUAAGGAAUUGUGGCUAUACUUUCAAACAGCGGGCUCUGUAGAAAUUGGAGAUCUGAUACCUUAUACAGAAUACGAAUUCAAGAUUCGUUCCAGAUCCAAUGUAUCUGAAAGUGAUUUGAUGUGGAGUCCUUAUCUGACUAUUUCUGCGAAAACGCUUCCUGAUAGUAAUGCUGCUUAGUUACGUUUAAUUUAGAUGACUCUUUCCGUUUCUGGAUUUUAGUUUUAAUCUUUUCAAAAGAAUAUAUGUACGAAGUUAU